AUGGGCUUGGCAUACAAUACAUACCUCAAUAGCAGCAAGGUCUACGGUUGCAAGACUUGCAAGGCGCAUUUGGCAAACCAUGAGGAUAUCAUCAGCCGGAACUUCCGAGGACAGCACGGUAAAGCAUAUCUAUUCAACAGUGUUGUGAAUAUUGAGACAGGCGAGCCUAGCGAGCGCAACAUGACGACAGGACGUCACAUUGUCCGGGACAUCACUUGCAAGCAGUGCAAGGAGACGGUUGGCUGGAAAUACGACAAGGCAUACGAAGCCACGGAGAAGUAUAAGGAGGGCAAGUUUAUCCUCGAGGCUGAACUGCUCUGCAAUGUCACCUAA